AGAUUGGAAUUUUCAUGGGAAUACUUAACUUAACUGGGUCGGUUCAUGACCGGUCUUUAAUUCCCUCCAAAGAUUAGCUUAGAUCUGAAACAUUUUUUUUCCACUGAAUUCACGAGAUCAAAUCCUCCGAAGAAUUUUGGAUUGGAUUCCUGAAAUCAUAAAGGGAAUUGAAAAAAAUGGUAGUUGUAGCAGCGGUGAGGGACUAUAUCAAUCGUAUGUUACAAGACAUUUCUGGGAUGAAAGUUCUCAUUCUUGAUUCCUCUACGGUUAGUUCUGUUAGUGUUGUGUACUCUCAGUCAGAACUUCUGAAGAAGGAGGUGUUCCUGGUGGAGCUGGUAGAUUCUAUUUCCAUGUCCAAGGAAUCCAUGUCACAUCUUAAAGCAGUUUAUUUUCUGAGGCCAACAUCAGAGAAUAUCCAGCAUAUGCGUCGUCAACUAGCUAAGCCACGAUUUGGAGAAUAUCACCUUUUUUUCUCCAAUAUUUUGAAAGAUACUCAACUUCAUAUGUUAGCCGAUUCAGAUGAGCAUGAAGUUGUCCAGCAGUUGCAGGAAUUUUAUGCAGAUUUUGUUGCGUUGGACCCUUACCAUUUCACGUUAAAUAUGGCCGCAAACCACAUGUAUAUGCUCCCAGCAGUUGUAGACCCAUCAGGAUUGCAGCAGUUCUGUGAUCGAGUUGUUGAUGGAAUUUCUGCAAUUUUCUUGGCGUUAAAGCGAAGGCCUAUUAUUCGAUAUUCAAGGACAUCUGAUAUUGCGAAAAGAAUAGCACAUGAAGCUUCUAAGCUGAUGUACCAGCAGGAGAGUGGCCUUUUUGAUUUCAGGAGAACAGAAGUGUCUCCAUUGUUGCUAAUAAUUGAUAGGAGGGAUGACCCCGUGACUGCAUUGCUUAAUCAGUGGACUUAUCAGGCAAUGGUUCAUGAGUUGAUAGGCAUUCAAGAUAAUAAGGUCAACCUGAAAAAUGUCGGCAAGUUGCCAAAAGAUCAACAGGAGGUUGUACUGUCAUCUGAGCAAGAUGCAUUUUUCAAAUCAAAUAUGUACGAGAACUUCGGAGAUAUUGGAAUGAAUAUUAAGAAAAUGGUGGACGACUUCCAACAAGUGGCAAAAAGUAACCAGAAUAUCCAGACGAUAGAGGACAUGGCUAAAUUUGUUGACAACUACCCAGAAUACCGAAAAAUGCAAGGGAAUGUUUCUAAGCAUGUGACACUGGUUACGGAAAUGAGCAAAAUAGUUGAAGAGCGAAAACUCAUGUUGGUUUCACAGACAGAACAAGAAUUGGCUUGCAAUGGUGGACAAGGGGCAGCAUUUGAGGCUGUGACAAAUCUAUUGAAUAAUGAUAAUAUCUCUGAUGUUGACCGCCUGCGCCUUGUCAUGCUGUACGCCUUGCGCUAUGAGAAGGAGAGUCCUGUUCAACUCAUGCAGCUAUUCAACAAAUUAGCAUCUCAAUCGCCCAAGUAUAAGCCUGGGCUAGUGCAAUUCCUUCUAAAGCAAGCAGGAGUUGAUAAGAGAACUGGGGAUCUGUACGGGAACAGAGAUCUCCUGAACAUUGCACGUAACAUGGCUCGUGGGCUCAAGGGGGUUGAGAAUGUGUAUACCCAGCAUCAACCUCUUCUAUUCCAAACUAUGGAGAACAUCACCAGGGGGCGAUUGAGAGAUGUGGACUUCCCUUAUGUAGGAAAUCACUUUCAACAAGCAAGGCCACAGGAAGUGGUGAUUUUCAUUGUUGGUGGGACAACAUAUGAAGAGUCACGUUCAGUUGCUCUUCAGAAUUCUACGAACUCUGGGAUUCGUUUUAUACUUGGUGGUUCUGCCCUUCUAAAUUCUAAAAGAUUCUUGAAGGACCUUGAAGAAGCUCAGAGAAUCGCUCGUAUAAGCACCAAUAUGCUUUGAAUUUUGGACUCUACAGUACGUUGUGAAAAUCUGAAAGUAUAGAAUGACAGUCUAAAGGGGAUACUUGGAUUCUGCAGAAGUACAUAAAGAGCUGAGUUUGCUGAUGGAAGUCCCAUAAAUACAUUGUGUAGCCACUGUAAUCAUCUUCUUUCAUAGCUUCCGUGUCCUGCCCAAGUGAGACGGUUUUGUGACCUGCUCAUCUGUGUGCCACUUUUCAUGUCUAGAUUUGUUGUGUACAUGUAGUGUUCUCAUAUUCCUGAGAUGCUUCUCUUGACUAGUAGUCUUGUAGCAUAACUGGGAUCAUGUCCCGACUGUUAUUUGAAAUCACAGAAAGCUUACAUAUGGUACAGUACAUCUUACAGUAGUUUCUGUGAAGGUAGUUAUUAACUUCAUGUUUGUUUA